CUCCUCCAGACCUCAGUGCAAGGUUUGAACAGUUUACAGCCAAGGGGUGGAGUGGUGGACUGUGCUGUGCUCUUUGCCGAUACAUCAGGGUUUACAAGGCUGGCUCAACGUCUAGCUGUAUUCUCUGACGGCGCGGAAAGGCUUUGCAGUGUUUUGAACUCCUUCUUUGCAACCCUCAUUCAGAUUGUCACUGAUUAUGGCGGGGACGUCGUGAAGUUUGCUGGAGAUGCUGUCUGUGUAAUCUUCCCUAUUGAUGAGUCGCAGCCUGUGCAGAACUUUGUUGCGAACAGCUUUCAGUUAGCUGUGGCUAGAGCAGUUCAAUGUUCGAUCGAACUUCACGAGAAAUUGGACAAGUUUUUGGCUUUUGAGGACGAGGGCGAAGCGAUUGAACUGCGGCUGCACAUUGGAAUAGGGUGUGGGAGGUUGUCAGUGGUUCAUAUGGGAGGGGUUUUAUCGCGUUGGGAGUAUGUUGUUUGCGGGCCUCCAAUCGAUCAA